AUGACACAAGUCAUCUCUUUGGUUACGCCGGCCCAGGCCAUGACCCCGGCCCACUCCUCCCCCAUGAGCUCCGAUGACUACGGCAGACCCCGGGCCUUUCGUGCCUUGCCUGAUACUCCAGAAUCUCCCAGUCCUCGCACUUCUGUUCUGGGUAGAAAACGUGCUGCUUCCAUCAACACUGCUGAUGCAAAUUACGGUCGACUUGAGAGGCUACAGCUGAGUACGCCUACCAGCAUGGCCAGUAGCGAAGGAACAAGAGAUAUUUGUCUCUGUACUCCAGCUCCCAAGAUUCCCAGACCUCGUAAUGCGUUCAUCCUCUAUCGUCAACAUCAUCAGGCUCAUGUUGUUGCUCGCAACCCUAACCUUUCUAACCCUGAUAUCUCAAAGAUCAUUGGGGAACAGUGGCAAGACGAGCCAAAAGAAGUCAAAGACAACUGGAAGAGCUUAGCAGAUGAAGAAAAGCAGCGUCAUCAAAGACAAUAUCCGGACUAUCGCUACCAGCCCAGACGUGGAAACAAAGGUCAAGGUCUCAGAUCUGGUUCUCUGUCAGGAGACGACUCUGGGCGAUGUCCAAAGUGCAAUUUGCGGUUGAUUGCAACUCCUCAAACCCCUUCAACCCCCUUCCCGACACCCGCAUCAGCAGAAGACAGACCUGUCCCGUACCCCUAUACGCCAAGCUUGCGAGGUGAGGAAGCGGAAGCUGCCCGCCGUGGGAGUUACGGCAACCUGCCCGUCAUGAGACAGCGUCUUCCAAUGCAGCGACCUGCUUAUCGAGAGGUGGACGACUACGAGCCCGAAAAUCCUGAAAUCAAGAGGCGCCGCUUUAACUCAAUCGGCGGCUACCGUACCAUCCCUUCUCCUGGAGCUCGAGCAGUGUCCAUAGGAGGACCUGCUCAACGGCCAUAUCCUGUCACCCCUCACCCUGAUCCGCACUUUACUCGCUCCAAAGCUGGUCCAAUGCCUCCUCCUCCGCGCCCUGGAGCUGGAGGGCCAUGGGCUGAGCAUGAGAGCCGUGGCCGAUACCCCCACGAGUCUUUGAGACUCCCCCCUCUGCAAACCUCUGGACCGAUGUCGCCUAACACAGUACCAGAAGUCGACAUUCGGCAGCUCAGGACUCCAGUUACUGGACUUGGAAUCUCUAACAAUCGGGAUCCCCAAGCCAGAAGCGUCGAGGCCAUGGUCAUGUCUAUGCCGUUCACCGAAAAGCUUGCGCUUAUCGCUCGAAUCACUCGUACUGACAACGACGCUAUCGAAACUAGUAGCAAGGGAGCAGGGAAGCGAGGCGCCGUAAUCGCGAUCGAAGGACCAAAGCCACGAAUGCUGAAGCAAGUUGGAGCUCUUGUUGAAAGAGCUCUUUUGUCAUCCAACGAGGUGGCACUCAAGACAUGGGGAAAGGAUACAGAGGGGGAAUCAAACAGUCAGCGCCAGGGCUCUCGAAGCGAAGACGAAUCACCGUCCCCCAGUCGCCAAAUCAGUUCAUGCUUUGAGACCAUGGUUCACUGGCAUCAAAACUCACGAGAGAUGGUGAAGCACAUUACCAGUCAAGCCGAGCCGCUCCUUAACUCCAAGAUGGAGACAGAUCCCGAGUCACCUAUUUCUCGACGUGGCUCCAUGGAGGAGGACAAUGCGUCCAAAGGGAGUCAAGACGAUGGCGUGGAGACAAAGACACCCGUGGCACUGGUCAAGGAGGGGUUCAGUCUCACUCGCUCAGAGGAAUUCGCUUGUACGGUGCCCAUUGCGGACUCAUACGCACCCAUUGAUCACUGGCAAUGGAUGGCUACCCUUUGGCGUGGCAUUGUAGCUACCGACCUGGUGGUGUACGUGAAACCCAGUUUGGAUGAGGAGAUUGCCACAUAUGGAUCAGUUGAAGUCCUAGAUGGGUUAAUCAUUAUUAGAAUUGCAGUGGGAAAGAGUUUGGAUGAGGCUACCGAGAGACGAGUAGCCUUUGAAGUCGUUGAGUGGGUAAGAGGAGGAACUUUCCGCGAGAGGCGAUGA